CCAGAGAAGUUUCUUCAGAGCACUCAGUGAUGAAUUUGACUGGCAGUCUGGUGAUCCUGCAGCAGUACACGGCAGUUCGUUGGCUUCAUAGUGUCAAUUUUACAACGCUAUAAAUGGUUGCUUCCUGUCUUAAUAAAAUAUACGAAAGAACGAAACAGAUCGUUCCGUGAAAUAGAAGAUCCGAUUUGGCUGCAGAAAUUUGCUUUUUACGCAGACAUCAGGGAAAAUUUAAACAUCAUUAACUUACUACUUCGAGGAUAGAAUAAAGCGAGUGGCGCAACAGUUUCACAUGUUGCUUCAUUCUCAAAAAACGCUGGAUCUGUGGGAAAAAUCUGAUCCAAGGUGAAUACAAUCAAUUUGCAUUGAAACAAACACUUGACAAGCAAGGUUCUUCUUCACAUCCCAGUUAACAAUACGUUGGAAUUCUUUGACUUUUUUAAGGAGUCAAUUCUGCAAACGCUUCCAAGAUUUAAGAAAGCAAUUUAGGAAGCAUUACAAUUGUAGCACAGUACGCCGAAUCGCUCUUAAUAGAGUGUGAUGCUGAAGAGUUCUCUACUCGCCACGGAGAAUAUUCUCAAGAAGAAAAUGCUGCAGCAGAGUUCGAAUGGAUUUAUUUUCAAAGUGCUUUAUCUUUAAAAACGCGUACGAAGCUGGUCCAUGUUGUUCUCACAGUGAAGGCGAUGUCCGGCUCGACAUAUCCAGGUCGCCUGCAUGUUGGAUUUUCAUGGCGCCUGUGUCUGGGAUGUCGUGGAUAUACAGAUUAAGCAGAAUGUGGGCAACAACUAAUCACUAAGGAAGAAAAGUACAUUUAUGGAGAACUGAAAUGUGGAUCUUUCCCGUGAUUUGUUACAGCAACGGACUUGAGGACAAGCAGUUUCUAUAGAAGCUGUGUCUAUUGAAACUGAAUGUUAUAAUGUGUAGCUGUCAAUGAUUGAGAUGUGGAAGGAAGUUUUGAAGGAACUGGUAGUGUAAAUUGUCUGAAUGAUUAACAUACAUAAAGGAGCUCAAUACUUCAUUCCUAUAUUUUCAUUUCUACGGUUUCUUAAAAGGGGAGCAAGCCCUGCAAGGGAGGGUAGCAGAAUGCUGGGCACCCCUCCAUCAUCUUGCCCCAUACGCCUGUGUGGAGUCACAGGAUAUGAUGGACGUGUAAACGAUAUCAUCUACUGUCAUCCACUUGUCAAAGCAGAAAAUAAUACUGCAGUUGUCUACUUUGGUGGUGAUGUUCAGGAUUUUCCAGAAAUUAUGGAGAACCACAGGGAAAACAAAAAUUAUGUAAAGUGGAAUCUUGAAAACACGGCAGUGCUGCUCCAAUCAUAUUUUCCUGAGAGCCAUGUUGUUGUUGUGCGGCCAUCUAGAUUGGCUACACCUAAACUUGCAACAUUCAUGGAUAUUGUCUCAGCAGACAUGGAUCAAAACAGAAUGGAGUUUAAGACAUUCAGCUGCUAUGACAAUUUCGUGCCUUGCAACAACAGUGGUGCUCCUGAUCACACUCCAACGCAUCAUGCUCUCCAACAUCUUGAACGUUUAUUACAAGGUGUAUCACAGCGACUUCGAAAUGUUAAUCCCGCACAACUUGCAAGUGCUGGAAGCCCAGCAGCAAGUGUGGAAAAGGAGUCUAAAGAAAAUGAAGAGAACACACCUCCAUUGUGGUGGCAAGAAGGAAUCAAUUUGGAUAAAGCUAGUAUUAUUCUUAUAGGAUUCAGCAAAGGGUGUGUUGUUUUAAACCAAUUUAUUUAUGAAUUUCAUUAUUUAAAGACCCUAACACCUGAUGAUGACACGAUGAUGAGAAUUGUGACCAGAAUACAAGAUAUGUACUGGUUAGAUGGAGGCCAUGCUGGGGGUAAAAACACUUGGAUUACUUCAAGGAGCCUGUUGGAAACAUUGACCAGACUGGGUAUAGGCAUUCACAUCCAUGUAACUCCAUAUCAAGUGAAUGAUGACCGAAGACCCUGGAUAAGAAAGGAAGAAAAGACUUUUGGUGACCUACUAAGACGACUGGGAGCACCUGUUCAUAGAACUCUACACUUUGAAAAUCAAGUUGCAAGUUUGUGCACACAUUUUGAGGUCCUUUCUGUGUUUCGACAGACAGAUUAGUGAAGCAGUUUUACCUACAUUGCACAUCGUUAUGAAUGCAGACUGAUAUUGGUGUUAUACCUUUGAUACAAAAUGAUGAAAUGCCUUUCAGAUUCAAAAAGAGAUAAAGAACUUCAUUUGCCUUUAGUUAUGGCAUUGCACAUUAUGCCAGUUUUUUCAUUAAAUUAGAUGGCAAAGGAUAACACAGUGUUCAAGAGAAGAGAAUAGUGUACAAACAGUGAAUUGCUGUGGAAGAACAUUAUUGUUCUUGUUGUUAUAGGACAACUUCAUGGUGCAAUUUAGUGUGUGAUAAGACAGUUUAAGUUAUAAAAAGUGCCAUGCCUUUGGUAAAUGAUUUUGGUUUAUGAAACAUUGUGCUUUAAUGGAUAUCUAUAAAAAUAAUACUUUCCAUUAUUAAUUUAAUAAAUGUAUCUGUCUGUACAGUAUACAGAUGCCUCUCAGACUUUCAGUGUAAAAAAUUCAAAUUCUCUCUCUCUCUCUCUCUCUCUCUCUCUCUCUCUCACUCACUCACUCACUCACACACACACACACACACACACACACACACAGACAGACUGAUUUUAAACAUCCUGUAGAGGUUGAAUAUGCAGUCAAAUCUGAAAGAAAGCUAACAAUUGAGAUAUAGUGAACCACAGGCAGUAAAAAUUAGUCAUUUGGAAAGUGUUGCCAAAAGUGUUUGUUUUUAA